AAUCAUUUCAUGAAAAUCAGCUCAAACACACAUGAGCAUCUAUGAAUCACUACAGUACAGAAGAUUCAAGAUGGAAGCCGGUGACAAUAAAGUGGAAGUUGAGCUGAAUAAAGAUAGAAAGUCCUAUGCUGGUAUACCGGAGGCCGAUUUUGUAGAUGAUGUGGAAAAUUUCAUGGCAAAACCAGAAAAUGAUUCUGUUGAUAAAGUACUCAGGAGAUUUGAUGAAAGUCACGGAAAAUAUAAAUUCAUGGAAUAUAAUUUGGUCAAUAAAAGAAGACGGUUGAAAGCACAAAUACCAGAUUUAGAGAGAUCCUUAGAAAUGAUUGAAAAAUUACAAAUUGAAAAGAACAACAGCCAUGAUUUGGAAACACAAUUUCUACUGUCUGAACAAGUCUACGCAAAAGCUGUAAUACCACCUACGGAUAAAGUGUGUUUAUGGCUCGGUGCUAAUGUGAUGCUAGAAUACACUUUAGAUGAUGCGCAAGAAGUGCUGACCAAAAAUAUUGAGGCAGCUAAGAAGAAUUUAGGAUAUGUAGAGCAUGAUCUAGACUUUGUUCGAGAUCAAUUUACUACGAUGGAAGUCAAUAUGGCGCGUAUUUACAAUUGGGAAGUGAAACGCAGGCAAGCGGCAAAGCCUACAUGAAAACAUUCAAUCUUACUCAUAUAAAAUUUGCCUAAAACCCAGAAGGACAUACUAUAUAUAUGAAGAACAAAAUUAGUGAAUAUAGCUGCCAUUGAAAUUGGAAAACUCAGAAACUUAUUAAACUAUAGAUUCUUAACACAAUAUUAUAAUUUAUACACAUUGCUAUAAAUACAUUUGGAUUUCUAAACAGAUUUCACAAUUUUGUAUACUAAUAGCAAUUUCUCUUAUUCACCAUCUUUUAUAAUUUCAUCGUUUAUAUUGUAUGUUGUAUUAAAUCUAAUAAAAAAAAACCUUAACCAAAAUUAUUCGACAAUGUUCAUAAUUAAAAAGCUACAAGUAUUUUAAUAAACAUAAAAGAAAUAUUUAUUUGGACUUUGAGAUCUAGUCUGUACAAACCACAUUUUCCAUUUUAAGUACAAAAGAAUACUUUGCAUGAAUUUGUCCUUAGGAAAAAAAA